GAGAUGACGUCAUGACUGCAGUCCCUGUUAGCUGAGGGUAGAACAGUGUUCUUGUGUAAAUGCAAAGCCCUGAUCUCCCAUCAAUCACUGAGUGCAUGCAUCUCUAUGCCCAGGCUGCCUGAGAAGCCAACACGCCCCCCUCUCACAUGCAUGCCUACCUAGAGCAGCACUGCUUCUCCUUCUCCAUCCAGGUGAAUUGAAAGUCGUUGCAAGGAAGGAAGAGAAGAGCCAGAGCAGCUGCUUUGCCUUGUGCUGCAGUCCUUGUCAUGCACAGAAUAUUGCAACCCCAACAGAAAGAACCAGCAGAGCUAAAGCACAAGAUGAACACAGAGACACCCUGCUGGGAGACAAGGGCUGCAUGAGGACAGGGGUGGUGGGGGGGUGACCCAUCCCUACAUCUCCUCCCUGGCAUAUGCCAGUCUGGGAGAGCACACUAACCUAAAGACUUGAGAAGACCACUGCAAGGACCUGACCUUAGUCAGAAGGCAUCUCAGCCCUGCAAGAUCUCACCUCAUUCUGGAACAGGAGGUGAUCUCUACCCACCAGGGACUGGCUGCAAAGGGGAUCCAGCCUGUAGGUGCAAACUUCAGCCACAAGUGGACCAUACACAGGGGAGCAAGAACCAGAAGUUUAGCAAAGAAGUCUCCAUAUAGAGACACUGAAAGUAAAGAACUGCUCUGACUAGGACCUGGUUUUGUGUUCAGGUAAGAACCUCAACCCAACUGGUUUACCUACUAAACCUAGCCAAGAAAAGGACUAUCCUUAGGGUUACCACCUAACCUACAGGGGGUUCACCUUCUAAACCUAUCCAAGAAAAGAAAGGACUAUCCUUAGGGUUACCAUCUACCCUUACAGGGGGUUCACCUUCUAAACCUAGCCAAGAAAAGAAAGGACUAUCCUUAGAGUUACCAACUGCCCCUACAGGGGGUUCACCUUCUAAACCUAGCCAGGAAAAGAAAGGACUAUCCUUACGGUUACCAUCUGCCCUUACAGGAUAUUUACCUUCCAAGCCUAGCCAAGAAAAGAAAGGACUAUCCUUAGGGUUACCACCUGACCCUACAGGGGGUUCACCUUCUAAACCUAUCCAAGAAAAGAAAGGACUAUCCUUAGAGUUACCACCUGCCCCUACAGGGGGUUCACCUUCUAAACCUAUCCAAGAAAAGAAAGGACUAUCCUUAGAGUUACCACCUGCCCCUACAGGGGGUUCACCUUCUAAACCUAUCUAAGAAAAGAAAGGACUAUCCUUAGGGUUACCAUCUGCCCUUACAGGGGGUUUACCUUCCGAGCCUAGUCAAGAAAAGAAAGGACUAUCCUUAGAGUUACCACCUACCCCUACAGGGGGUUCAUCUUCUACACCUAGCCAAGAAAAGAAAGGACUAUCCUUAGAGUUACCACCUACCCCUACAGGGGGUUCAUCUUCUACACCUAGCCAAGAAAAGAAAGGACUAUCCUUAGAGUUACCACCUACCAUCUUCUACACCUAGCCAAGAAAAGAAAGGACUAUCCUUAGGGUUACCACUCAGCACAACUGACCUCAUACAGUGUGACCAUACCAGCUACUACUGACCUCCAUGUCCACUUUUUGCAGAAGACAUUAGAACAAGACCUGAGAAUCCAGGUAGGACUUCUCCACCAGGACCUGACCCUUUUAGGAGAUAUAUUUGGAAUGGCUACACACAGAGUCCAGUUCUUCAAUGUGUCCCCAGGACUCCAGAGAACAGGAAGCCUCAAGCUGCCCUGUCAGACAAAAAACAACACCUUUGGAGGCUCCUUAGAUGAUACAGAAUGUCGCCAGUCAAAAGAGAGUCUAUCUAAUGGAAACAGCCCUAACCCAUCCAGAGCGGGGCGGAAUAUACCCAGGAGACACACAGUAGGUGGGCCGCGGAGUUCAAAAGAAAUCUUGGGAAUGCAGACAUCAGAUAUGGACAGGAAGAGGGAAGCCUUUUUGGAGCACCUCAAGUACAAAUACCCUCAUCAUGCCACCGCAAUAAUGGGACACCAGGAACGUCUGAGAGAUCAGACGAAAAGUCCGAAGCUUUCGUCCAGUCCACAGCCUAGCCUGGGAGAACCGGCGGAACAUCUCUCGGAGGUGUCUGUCGAUUCUGGAGAAGCCAUGUUUGAAGGCGAGUCAACGGCGCCCUUUGUCAGAGGCAGCCGGACAAGAGCCAGCCUGCCAGUCGUCAGAUCGACAAAUCAGACGAAAGAACGCUCAUUAGGUGUGCUUUUUCUACAGUAUGGAGAGGACACAAAGAAAUUACAGAUGCCCAAUGAAAUUACCAGUGUAGACACCAUUCGUGCCCUCUUUGUAAGUGCCUUUCCGCAGCAGCUGACAAUGAAAGUACUGGAAUCCCCCAGUACUGCCAUUUAUAUAAAGGAUGAAGGACGGAAUAUCUACUAUGAACUGAGUGAUGUAAGGAAUAUUCAAGACCGAUCCUUCCUGAAGGUUUACAAUAAGGACCCGGCUCAAGCGUUCAACCACACUCCCAGUGCGGUCAAUGGAGACGUAAGGAUGCAAAGAGAUAUUGCCUACAACGUUCGAGAAGGCCCAGUGGUCCACCGGCCUGGGUCAGCAACAUAUCCCUCUCAUGGAGGCCCGAUAUCUCCACCUCCGACCCCUGUGCCGCACUCCAUGCCGCCUUCACCAUCUAGGAUUCCAUACGGUGGCGGGCGUCCACCGGUUGGACAGAGUAAUACAACAAUGCCAAGAGACAGACUAUCCAGUUUGCCUGUCUCAAGAUCUAUAUCUCCUAGCCCCAGUGCCAUCUUGGAAAGGAGAGAUGUGAAACCAGAUGAGGAUUUGGGCAAUAAAAAUGUCCAGUUGAUACGAAAUGACAGUAUGUAUGCGGAUCCCUACAUGUACCAUGAAGGCAGGAUGAGCAUUGCGUCUUCGCAUGGUGGGCACCCUCUUGACAUGCCAGAUCACCUUAUUGCUUACCAUAGGGGUGCGAUGAGGUCUUCAAGCACUUAUUCAAACACUAUGCAAGUGGAAAUGAUGGAACAGUCAGUUUAUAGACAAAAGAGUCGAAAACACUCAGACAGUCAUUUGCCAACCCUUGGAUCUAAAACUCCUCCAGCCUCACCUCACAGAGUGACUGAUAUAAGGAUGAUGGAGAUGCACGGUCAUAAUGCUCAUGGGCCCCCUCAUGGUAUACACAGUGAAAGGUCUUCUCCAAUCCGACAGUCCUUUAAAAAAGAUCAGGUUCCCGGAGUAUUUGUCGAAGCCAAAGUCCGAAACACUGGUGGAAUACUUGGUAUGGCUGAUAUAGUCCCAUCUCCUACUGAUAAGCAAAUGUAUGCUGCCGGAUAUGGAGCUCCCAAAGAUAACUAUACACGAGAGAGGAUGCAUGCCAUGGAGAAACAGAUUGCUAGUCUAACUGGCCUGGUUCAGACUGCACUUUUUAAAGGGCCCAGCCCAAGCAGCAAUAAGGAUGCACCUGGUGAAAAAGUCAUAAGAUCUGCAAGCAGCACUCCGCCGGUCACCGACAGCCCAGGUCACUCCGCAUCCAGUGGGAAGAAUUCAUUGACAAUUAUUGAGACUGCAGCUGUCAUUUCCCAAGCCCUACCUGUCGGCUCAACAGAUAUGCAAGUCAGUCUCCAUGAUAUGAGACGCAAUGUGGCAGAACUUCGACUUCAGCUUCAGAAGAUGAGGCAGCUGCAGCUGCAGAACCAGGAGAUGGUGAGGGCCAUGAUGAAGAAAGCCGAGCAGGAGAUCAGCAGUAAAAUGACAGAAAUGGUGAAAAACCUAGAGGACCCGGUGCAGAGACAGCGCGUCCUGGUUGAGCAAGAGCGGCAGAAAUACCUCCAGGACGAGGAGCAGAUCGUCCUGAAGUUAAGUGACUUGGAGAGUUUUGUAGAAGACAUGAGGAAGGACUCUAGCGCCACCAGAGUAGUAACUCUCAAGGAUGUGGAAGAUCGAGCGUUCGUCCUACGGCAGAUUGGAGAAGCGGUGUCUAAUCUAAAGGGAGAGUUCCCAUACUUACAGAAUAAAAUGAGGGCGGUCUUACGGGUGGAGGUAGAAGCGGUCAGGUUUCUGAAAGAAGAACCUCAUAAACUGGACAGCCUACUGAAGAGGAUCCGGAGCAUGACUGAUGCCCUGUCUGCCUUAAGAAGACAUGUUUCUGAUGGAUCCUUUAAGACUGUCGACUACAAUCAAAAUAACCAAUACACCAUCACCGAAAAAGGGACUGAAACCGAAGUGAUCCAGAACAAAGAAGAGAAGAGCCAAGUCUACCUGCAGUCGGCACUGGCAGAAUCGGGGAACACAACAGAGAGCCAGACAAUCUCGGUGAAUUCAGAGGUGGUCCCGUUGUCUGCUGGAGUUAAAGUCCUCCAUGUGCAGAGCUCCCCCGUCCUAAUGAAGCAGUCCCAGCACUCCACGGCUCUGGUGAACCUCCCCUUUACCUCCGGUAACCAGAGCAGUCUCUCAGCAGAUUCAUCGGCAAACCACCAGUCAGUAAGCACAUCGGCUACACUGGAGCAAAACGCAACCGCACCACACACGCAGCUUAAUGGGUCCUCGGCCCAAAGCUUGUUUAUUGAGGAAAUACAACACGUAGGCUACAGGAAUCGGGCAGUAUCAAUAGAGGAAGCGGAGAGGAAAUUUGAAGAAAAAAGACAGAAUCUGGACCACUACGAUGGGAAAGAAUUUGAGAAGAUGCUGGAGGAAGCACAAGCCAAUAUAAUGAAGUCCAUCCCCAGCCUAGAAAUGCCAACUCAGAGUUCAAAAGUAGAGAUCGUAGAAAAACUAGAGGUCAAUGAAGGAGGUCAAGAAAGUGAGCAAGAAAAUGAAAAGGUAACCAAAUCUCCGCCUCCACCUCCUCCUCGUCGUAUGUACCCCCUUGGAAGUAGUUUGAGCAGCUCAUGGACGUCAGACUGGAAGGAUAGCAAGGAUGCAGAAGAUGUCCCUCCGCCACCACCGCCAAAAGCAAACAAGCCAGAAGUAGAGAGUCCCAUCAAGACUUACCAAGUGAAGGAUGAGGAGGAAGAGGAAGGAGAGAGGAUCAUGGCAGAACUUCAGGCUUUCCAGAAGUGUUCUGUAGUGGAAAUUAAUUCCAAGGUGCACUAUGAGCCUUCUAAACCAGAGGUCCAUGAGAGGGAUUUCAGACCUUCAGGUUUAGCUUUGCCCAAGGAAAAGAAGGUGUCAUGCCUUGUUUCAAAAGAAAGUGUAAGUCCCGAAAGCCCAAAACUUGUUGAAAGCACAGAGGACAAGUGGAAAAUGCAAUCCAUACCAAGUUCUGCACCUGACUUUGCUCAGUUUAGGCAGCCGGAGAAGGUUGUAGUGAAUGAACAGUCUACCUACAGUCUGUUCAUAGGCAGGGAUGAACCAAGAUCAACAGUCAGUAAAGAACCUGAAAAGGAAGAUAAAAAUGAAGAAUUAGUUAACAUGGCCUUAUAUAGAUACCACAACAGGGAGAACCUUAAACACUUGACCUCUACAGUCCCAGAAGUGAUUAAUGGAGGAACAGAUCACAAAAUCUCAGAGUCAACUUCGACACUGGUCAAGAGUUUUAGUAGAGAGAGCCAGGAUAGUCCAGUAGGUAGUUCUCCAUCUCAAGAACAGGGAAUGCCCUACUUUGAUUUAGGCCAGACAGUUGUAUUAAGACCAAAAAAUUCUCGAAGGACUACCAGCCAACAAUCUGACGACCUUGAGUCUCCGACUAUCUCCCCAACUGAGCCAAGGUCCCCUGCAGAUAACAUUGCCUUUAUGAUCACAAAUACUGAGGUGCAGGUCUUGUCAACAGGUGAAGUCCAAGAUAUUGUAAAACGGAAAGGUGGAGAAGUACAAACAGUUAAUGUUGAUAGUGAAAAUGUGAAAAUUCCUUCUCCCAAUUCUGACCCACAAGAUCCUGUUAUGAGCACCGACAAAAAGCCAGUCAUUAUCAUAUUUGAUGAACCAAUGGAUAUAAGAGCCGCCUAUAAAAGGUUGUCCACGAUAUUUGAAGAAUGUGAUGACGAGUUGGAAAAAAUGAUGUCUUCAGAGGCAAAGAUUGAUGAGGAAGAGGAGGAGGAGGAAGAAGAAGAAAAUCACAAAGAAUCAAAUGCUCCUCCACCCAAAGAAGAACGGGCUGAAGAAACCAAAAUGGUCAACAUAACAGAGAAUGUUGGGAAACAAGGCCAAUACAGAUUCAACUACCCAUCUCUAGCAGAAAUGAAGCAGACUAUGUUCCAGGAUACCAGUGUCUCCCAAGGAUUCCUCACAGAUGAAGAAAAGUCAGAUGUGUCCGACUACCAAGAUGGCCAGAGACAAGACGCAAAGAAAAAGUUCAAGUUCAGAUUUCCUAAAAAACAGCUGGCGGCUCUGACCCAGGCCAUCCGUACUGGGACAAAAACCGGGAAGAAGACCUUACAGGUGGUGGUCUACGAGGAUGAAGAAGAGCCCGAUGGCACUGUAAAGCAACACAAAGAAGCAAAAAGGUUUGAGAUUGAAAGAUCGAAGAGCGCAGAUGACAAUAUCCAACUUGAAGUCCCCAACCUCGAAGAGCCAGAUUCUGUGUCAAGGACGGAUGAGAUAAGACAAAAUACAUAUAGAACCUUAGACAGCCUUGAGCAAACCAUCAAACAGCUAGAAAGUACCAUAAGUGGAAUGACACCAAGACCGGGAUCUGAUCUGAUAGAAUCAAAAGACGAUAACCGAACUUUGACAAUAACUCCAGUGGUUGCCAAAGGAUCUGUGUUAGCGGAUGAUGCAAAACUUGUUGUAGAGUCUCCAUCAUCCAUACCUACUACAGCACGUAAGGGAUCAAAUGGAGCGCCACAAACCAGCAGAAUGCCAAUACCAAUGUCUUCUAAAACUAGACAAGGAAGCAUGGAAAAAACUAGCAAACAGCCAAAGCUACAGGAGCCGCAGCGUCAAUUCAGACAGGCUAACGGAGGUGUUAAGAAAGCUGGUGGGGAUAUUAAGGCUGCUUCCCCUACUUUAUCUGCUUCUAAGAUUCCAGCUCUUUCUCCUAACACUGGAAAAAGCAGCUCUGUUUCCGCUCAGUGUAACGAUACCGCUAACACCCAUAACCCCCCCGUGAAGUCUCACGUCCCCGUAACCCAUUCUAACUCUGCACCCGGUCGCAACGUUAACGCCUCCCCCUCCCUUAUCCGUCCCGUUCACAAUGGCACGUCGAAGCUACAGAGCCCAACCUAUUCAGGUAAAGGUCACCAUCUCUCAUUUUCACUGCAGAACGCAAACGGCAGACCAUCUCCUCCUCCUCCUUCUUCUUCCUCCUCCGCUACUUCUCCUCCUUCUUCUUCUGUCUCUCCCACUUCACUGGCCCAAAGUAUGAAGAGCAUCCGUACCAUCCACACACCUAGCUUCACCAGCUACAAGUCACAGAACGGAAGCGCAACCAAGAUGGCCGCUCCAAAGGACUCCUCCUAACUUGUGAUGUCAUCUUCACCCACAGCGCCCUCUGCUGGCAUGUCGUUGUUCAUCUAUGUACAUAACACACCGCUAUAUCCUUGUCCAAGAUAGUUGCUGUUGUAAAAUUAUAGGCCUCUCUUAUUUUAUUGGUCUCCUGUUUCUAUGUAACAUAGUGAGCGUGCGCGUGUAUGUGUGUGACUGUAUAUAUUACUAUACUGUAUGUUUGCAUGUGUGUGUAUAUUAAAAAGGUCCAUGACGCGGAUUAUUUUGUAUAGACUAUUUUUCAUUAUAUGGAACGGAUGGAGUUUUUGGGGGGCUUUUAUUUUACGCUCAUGCCGGCUUUGACUACAGAUUUCUAUUUUUGUCAACUACACAUGGCUUUCGCUUUUUUUUUUUAUUUAAAAAAAAAAAAUUUUUUUUUUUUUUUUGCCAAAAUAAUUUCGUAUGGAACAAUAGUGUGUUAUAUUCUUAAAGGGAUUCUUUCAUCAAAAAAUAAAAUAAAAAUAUUACAAACUAUUUUCUUACGAGACGAUUUAGGCAAUAGUCAAAUAUUUUAGUUUUUUCAUAGUCCUAUCUGUAAAUAAUAUUUAUAAAAGAUGUCAGAACUUGACGAAUAUAUAUACGGAGAUCAGCGGGGAAUAGGCGCCGCUUAUCUCGACCGCUUACUGAUCUCUUUUACAGAAAGUUUCUAUCCCUAGUACAGCGUUUCCAAACCAGGGUGCCUCCAGCUGUUGCAAAACU